AUGGCGAGCCAAUCACGCGGUAUGCCCGUGCAACACAAUCCCUCAUCAACCAAUUACCGCCUCAUCGAACUACCCCCAGAUCUACAAAACAUUCUUGAGGCUGAAGACGCCCCCGUCCUUACUAUGGAGCCCAAUGAUACCUCUGCUAUUAUCAAAACACCCAACAAGACAUAUGCGCUCCGCCAAAAGAAUACUUCAAAUGCACUUAUGCUUCUCUCGCCUAUGACGUCGCCUACUGAAGACGAGCCGUUCGCUGAGGGCAUCUCUAUCAUUUCUACUAUCAAGGAGACUGUGGAACUGGAUACUGUUCCCGAGAAGGCGAAGAGUGCACCAGGGAAAGGGAAGUGGCAUGAGCGGUUCGGACGGAAUAGAUAG